AAUCAGUGAAUAACCAUGUCUAUGAACCUCGUUGAUUCAUCAUCUAACGAUCCGGUUAUUUCAGACGAUGACCUUUUGAGUUUGAUACUAUUGAGAGUCCCUAUACCAUCAGUUUUGCAAUUCAAAUCUGUAUCAAAACGUUGGCUCUCUAUCAUCGAUACUCCCCGCUUCUCUCUCCUCCGUAAUGCUCUCCCUCUCCGAACCUCUGCCCUAUUCCUCCUACCCCCUAUUUCCUUUUAUGGUGUACCCGAUAUCAUCCAUUUUGUUCCCCUGGACGACCACACCCACAUAACUUCCCCCUUCAGAAACCUCACUUUUCUCGGUGAUCCUGGCUUGCUUUCAAAAAUACGUAUUGUGCAUUCUUGUGGUGGACUGUUGUUGUGUUCUUCUGGCCCAUUAUGUACCUCACUCUCAGAAAUUACAGAAUACAUCUACAACCCCACCACCAAUCACUUACGAACCCUUCCUAAACACUGGCCUCUUCAUUAUGGCAGUGCCUUAGCUUUUGAUCCAUCAAAGUCACCUCAUUACAAGGUUCUUAUUUGCGGUUCACCCCCUGAUUUGUCUACCGAUCACGGCCAGUUUCAGAUCUACUCCUCCAAAACUGGGUCUUGGAGGGCCUCCGGUCACCCUUUCAAUCUUACAUGCAAGGCUGAUAAACUUGCUUGGAGGAAUAGUGUCUUUUUCAAUGGGUGCAUCCACUGGAUAAGUAAUUUGGAAUACGGUUGUUCCUAUUUUAAUCUGGACGAAGAAAGGCUACACACGAUGCCCAGACCUCCUGUUGGUCAGGAUUUCUUCGUUGGGGUUUCUCAAAACCAUUUGCAUGUUAUUGAGGCUUGUCCUCGUGAUAAUUCAGUCCAAGUGUACGAUAUGAAGUAUGAUUACUCGGGCUGGCUUGUUAAGUACAAGGUUGAUCUUUCUCCGGUUUGUCAAGUCUUUCCAGAGAUGUACGGUAAUUGUAGUUUGGUUAAAGUUCUCUCUCUGGUUAGAAGAGAAAAUUUUAAGGAUGAUUCUUUCUUGGUAUUUAAGAUACCUGGUAAGGUUAUACGCUAUAAUAUCGUGGAUAGAACUUUCAAAGCCAUAUGGGAUAUUCCCGUACCUGAUCCCCUGACGAGUACCCCCGGCGACUUCAAAGCUUUUCAGUACAUCGAAUCUCUCUCCUACGUGUAAGUGUUGCGUCGCUACUUGCUGGAGCUUUAGCCACUCACUAUGGAGUCAGUAAUUUAUUAGUGUUAUCGCUUCACCUUGUACUGAAGCUUCAGCUAUAUGUUUUCUUUGAGCUUCAAUAUUUACAAGUUAUAUAAUUUGAGUUUGUCAAUGGUUUCAUUAUUCAUUGUCGGACCAGGAAUACUUUAUGCACUAGGUCGAAGAAGUGAACACUGUUUUGCUAAUGUAACGUUUUGGAUGCUGAUCUUCUUUAAAUUAAAAUCUGGUCUUCAUAAUGUUUUAUUUUCUAUUUUAUGAAAUAUCAAGCAACUUUACGACAAUAUCUUUUUCUAGUAUAUGUGUUUGAAUAAAUCAUCUGUGUGUAUUUUGGAAUGAUUCUGAUCUCAGAGCUCAAUCCACAGAAUUCAUUCAGAAGAAUAUUGUGGCGUAUUUGUUCAAAAAUUGUAUGAAAUUGACUAUCUGUGCUACUGCUAAUUUCAACUGAGGGGAGCAUGCAGCUUAAUUUUAUUAUCAAUGAAGAAUAUAUUCUAACUAUACAGAGGAAAACAAAAACUCCCAGACAAAAGAAGUGACCAAAGAUAAUACUAAUUCUUGUUAUUGUACUGUGUUUUAUUGAAUGGUCCGGAGGGUUAAAGCUAUUAAGUGUUUGUUUUCUGUGUUGGGACUUCAAUUGGAAGUAAUUCUGAAAGAUUUUUCAAAAUUAGUUGAUGAGUUUCUUUCAUGGUAUGAGGUCUAGGACUUAAUAUAUUGGUCGAUUGUGGUAUGAUGCUACUUAACACGGGGUCUAGCAAUAAAAAAUAAUAAAUAUAUAUAAUUGGCCAGGUUUACAAAAAAAGAACUCUAAAUUAGACCGAGGUUUUGAUAAGAUACGGUACUCUAAUAAUCUGAUAUAUGUAGAUAUCAUUUGAGUGUCCGUAUGAAUAAAAAUCAAGGGGAAAAAAUAACAAUUCAGUGGAAAAUAAGGCCUUUACCAUAUUAUUAUUCAUCAAAUUUGACUUGUUAAAACAUAAACAGAGGACUCAACAGGAGGUGUGGUGAUGUUAAUAGCAUCUUGAUUAGAAAUAUAUUUUCUUAAGUGUCAUUGCAUCUAUUAUGAUAUCUCAAAUGUGUGGUGAAAGAAGGAAAAAAAAUGCUUUACUAUAUUCUUUGAAUUAUAUAAAUAUCUAAAAUAAGAACUGUAUAUCUGGCUACGAUUAGAGUUUUAAAGUAUAUUAGCUUGUUAAAGUAAUAUUAAGUCUUUGAUUUGCCUAUUAAUGACAAGGUUGUGGGAUUCAUGGGAUUUUUCUCUGUUAAUUUCAAGGUUCAGAUCAGGCAAGUAUCCUAUUUUCUCUCUUUUCUUUGUACAUUCUAAUCAGAAUUAUUUACUACUGAAUAGUUUUUUUCCCCCCUCUUAU